CAUUCAGUAUUAUUCAGUCAAGCGAAUACGAGUUAGUUGCUCGAUAGUCUUUUUAGGCAUUCGGUACGUGCAAAGUGCAUCGAGGACACGCGAAUGUCAUUAUUCGAAUGAAUGAAUUAACGGACAAAAUUGUCUAAGAUCCCGGUCGUGAAUAAGAUAAGUAAGCACGAGUUGAACGAGAAACAUGUCAGAGCACAACAAUGAUACGGAUAAAGGGGAAAAAGAUAAGAACUGCAAAAGACUUUAGCAUGUCUAUUUGCACCGACAAGGCAUCAAUCGCAUUUAACCCAGAAUAUUGAUUUAAUAAAUUGUAUAAUUAGAAUUUCACUAUGGUUUCCUUAUGUUUUUUAUUAUUAUGUGACGUAAAACGGUCUCAUAAUAAACGGGAGAUGAUAGCAGAGGUUAAUGGUAUAGUCGUCCAUAAAGAAGUCUGAAACUUAAUUAAAUAAAAUGGUUAAACGAAUUACGGAGGUUAAUUUAUUGUUCAACACAGUUUGCUGUAAUCUUGGAACAUUCGGAUUUACAUAUUGCGAGAAUUAGCAGAGAAAUCAAAUGAAGAAGCGACAAAUAGUUCUUCCGAACAAGAGGAGGUAGAAGACUCUGAUAUGGAGAAGAUUCGUAAAUAUUUAGCACAAAAGCUGAGACUAGUCGAGUCCUCUGAUUACGAUGAACAGUCCCAGCAGAAGGUUCUUCGUGAAGUUAGUAUCGAUGGAAUAGUAGAUUAUAUAAAACAGAAUGAGAACUGUAAAAUUGUUACUAUGGCUGGAGCUGGUAUUUCCACAUCUGCAGGAAUUCCCGAUUUUCGAUCACCGUCGAGCGGUCUUUAUCACAAUUUAGAAAAAUACAAUCUUCCUCAUCCCCAAGCUAUUUUUGAAUUGGACUUUUUUAUGGAAAAUCCAGAGCCAUUUUUCACACUUGCGAAGGAAUUGUUACCUGAAGGCUUCAAACCUACACCUUGUCACUAUUUUAUUCGCCUUUUAUGGGAGAAGGGAUUACUGUUGAGACAUUACACACAGAAUAUCGAUACGUUAGAAAGAAUGGCCGGUUUACCCCCUGAAAAGUUGGUAGAAGCUCAUGGCACAUUUUAUACUGGUCGCUGCCUCAAGUGCAGAGCACCAUACAUGCUUUCAUGGAUGAAAGAGAAAAUAAUUGAAGGUCUUGUACCGAAAUGUGAGGAGUGCAACGAGGGUGUAGUGAAACCCGACAUAGUUUUCUUUGGAGAAAUGUUGCCCGAUCGUUUCCACUUCUUGGCUGAUCGGGAUUUCGCACAAGCGGAUCUUUUAAUAAUCAUGGGUUCGAGCUUGGUUGUUCAGCCUUUUGCAUCCUUGGUCGACAGAGUACGACCCACCUGUCCGCGUUUACUUAUUAACAAAGAGAAAGUCGGUAUGCAAGAUCGCUUAUCGCGACUUUUGGGACUACGGCAUGGCUUAAUUUUCGACACGCGAAAUUCUCAUGGGGGUCGCGAUGUUGCCUGGCUAGGCGACUGUGAUACUGGAUGCCAUUUAUUGGCAGAGAAAUUGGGCUGGGGUGAGGAGUUGAAGGAUCUCGUUGAGAAAGAACACGAACGUUUAGAUUCAGAAAGUGCCAGUAAGGAUUAAAUUUAACGAUACUGUUUUAUAAUGCGAAUUUAGCUUCCUAGUUAUUUUAUUUUCUAGACUCUUAAUUUUGCUGCUGUUUGUUUAUAAAGGAGGAACUAUUUAGACAAAUAAAAUUCUGUUUCAAAAUAAUUGUAAAAAUGUUAGCUGAGAAUGUUAAAGAUUGAACGUGACGAGGAGCGAUACUUCUAUCCGUGUCAUCCAUUUUUGUCUCCAACUCGAUGGUAAAAGGUAUAAUUUUUGAAUAUGCAAUUUUAUAGGAAUUACGUUUGAUGAUAUAGUCAUGACGUAAAUAUUCACGACGUAUAAAUAAUUUAUUCCUUAACAUAGUAUAAAACGAUGUUAUACAGGUAAAUGUAAUUUUUGGCAGUUGAACCGAGUGUUAAAAUAAAACAGAGUCAAACGUA